AUGGCCACCUCGCCGCAGAAGUCGCCGUCUGUCCCCAAGUCCCCCACUCCCAAGUCGCCCCCGUCCCGAAAGAAAGAUGACUCCUUCUUGGGGAAACUCGGAGGGACUCUGGCCCGGAGGAAGAAAGCCAAGGAGGUGUCCGAGCUUCAGGAAGAAGGCAUGAACGCCAUCAAUCUGCCCCUCAGCCCCAUCCCCUUCGAGCUGGACCCUGAGGACACAAUGCUGGAGGAGAAUGAAGUGCGAACGAUGGUGGAUCCCAACUCACGCAGCGACCCCAAACUUCAGGAACUGAUGAAGGUAUUAAUUGACUGGAUUAACGAUGUUUUGGUCGGAGAAAGAAUCAUUGUGAAAGACCUCGCUGAAGAUUUAUAUGAUGGCCAAGUCCUACAGAAACUUUUUGAGAAACUCGAGAGUGAGAAGCUGAACGUCGCUGAGGUCACCCAGUCAGAGAUUGCCCAGAAGCAAAAGCUGCAGACUGUCCUGGAGAAGAUCAACGAAACCCUGAAACUUCCUCCUCGGAGCAUCAAGUGGAAUGUAGACACGGUUCAUGCCAAGAGCCUGGUAGCCAUCUUGCAUCUGCUAGUUGCUCUGUCCCAAUAUUUCCGGGCACCAAUCCGACUCCCAGACCAUGUUUCUAUCCAAGUGGUUGUGGUCCAGAAACGAGAAGGAAUCCUCCAGUCUCGGCAAAUCCAAGAGGAAAUAACUGGUAACACAGAGGCUCUUUCUGGAAGGCAUGAACGUGAUGCCUUUGACACCUUGUUUGACCAUGCACCAGACAAGCUCAACGUGGUGAAAAAGACACUCAUCACUUUCGUGAACAAACACCUGAAUAAACUGAAUCUGGAGGUCACAGAACUGGAAACCCAGUUUGCAGACGGGGUGUACCUGGUGCUGCUCAUGGGGCUCCUGGAGGGCUACUUCGUGCCGCUUCACAGCUUCUUCCUGACCCCGGACAGCUUUGAACAGAAGGUCUUGAAUGUCUCCUUUGCCUUUGAGCUCAUGCAAGACGGAGGAUUGGAAAAGCCAAAACCACGGCCAGAAGACAUCGUCAACUGUGACCUGAAAUCUACGCUUCGAGUGCUGUACAACCUCUUCACCAAGUACCGGAAUGUGGAGUGA